UAUAAUUGAGGAACUUUCCUGUAGAGGGCGUGCUGAACAAUCCGGUAUGAUUGUAAAACCCACAACGAAGAAAUUCUGACGUCAUUCCUGGGAAAUAUGGAGUUCGUAGUAAAGCAGUAGGAACGAAACAUCGAUGAUUUUGAUUGCGUAUAUCUGGACCUACAGCCACUGAAAUGUCGCAGUCUUUGAAAAUUACACCCAUGCAGGAGCGAAUGGAUCGCUUACAGGAAUUAGUAGAGUUUACUGAAAAUUGCCAGAAGCAGAUACAAGACAUGUACGACGCACUGGGAUGGUCGCAGGACAACGAACAGCACAAGGAGCCAAUGGAACUGUGUCCCUACGAUCCCGGCCAUCGUGUCCCUGUGCGCAGCAUGGAGAGACACAAAGCUUCAUGUUAUCUUACCAAGAUGGGCUAUUCUUCAGAAGAGCAGGCAGAGAUGUGUGACCCUUCCCCAUCUUACACCAACACCAGUAUCCGUAGCUUUACAAUGGACAAAAGCCUUCAGAAUCAGGUGAUCCUUCAGGCCAGAGCUGCUGCCCCGCUCAUGAAGAUGGAGGGCGUCUUCUGGCAAGGUCAUUACUCCUACCAGCCCGUGGACGUGCCGCAGAAUCACAAGCGAGCCGUGUGCGACCUCACCGUGGCCGACCGGCUGGCGCUUUACGACCACGUGAUCGGCGUCCUCAACCAAGAGAAGGCCGUCGCCGCCUCGGGCAACGAGGAGCUUUAUGUAGAUCUGGUGUCCAAGCUGAAAAAGGCCGACGAACAGAAUGAGCCAAAGACACAUCUGGAGCUAAUGGCGGAGAUGCGGGACUACAAGAGGCGGCGGCAGUCCUACCGCGCCAAGAACGUCCACAUCACCAAGAAGUCCUACACCGAAGUUAUCCGAGAAGUCAUCCAGGUCCACUCAGAGGAGCUGGCCAGACAGUGGAAGGAUGAGCAUGAAGAGGAGGACAAGGAAAAAGAAGACCAGGAUGAGGCCAGAGAAAGAACAUCCCAAAGGUUCUACUCAUCUUCUUUUCACGCUAAAGGUGAUGCUCCGCGUUUUCAUUUUGUGCCUCGGGUAUUUGCGUCCGGCAGACGUCGGCUGGAUGAACGGCGAUCCUUGUCCUCGGAGUCCCGCCGAUCGCAUACCAGACACCGCCGUAGCCGCGAGAAGAGCCGUGAGAGAGAAAGCAAGAAGAAGAAAAGGAAAAGGGUUUCCCGCUCCCCGGACAAACACCAUGACAGCAAGAAGAAGAAAAAGAAAAGGAAAGAUGAGAGAGGGAGGAGUGACAGUACCUGACCAGAUAACUCAUGUCAAUAAAGUUGUGCAACAUAAAUAUGGCACUUUUUUUGCUCAACUGUAACCAUUUAUUUGUGAUAUUUGAAGUUUAUUCUAAGUACUUGUAAAUAGCAAAUAAAUUUGGGUUAGUGCCGGUACUACGUCAGGUUAUGUUUGCGAAUGUCAUUUGUGUGAGUUCAAUGUGUUGUUCCUAUCGAACCCCUCUUAGUGCUCUUUUUGGAACACCAAACUUGAAAAUGUAAUUCAUGAGUGCUGCAUUUUGGAAUGGACUCAAACUAUAUACAAAAAAACAAGGAGGAUUAGAUUUGAUGGGGGGGGGGAGACUUUUUUUUUUUUUAAUCAAAAGACAAAAAUUGUGCAUUCAUUUGUAUGUUUUGUUUGGAAAGUUUCACAUUUAUGAAUGUAAAUCUCAAAAUUAAAUCCCAAUAUAUAUAUAUAUUUUUUUACAGGAAAUGUCAGUCUAGUGUAGAAAUGUACACCGAUAAUUACUAUUCAUUCAGAAAUAAAGAGUAACUCGUGGAUAUUUUAUAUUGUGAAUUUUUAAAUGUGAAUGAGUAAUCUUUUACUUUUUUUAUUCUUAUUUUUUUUUCCAUCUUCAUAAAAUGUAUUUAUUGUUGCAUAUCUAUGCAGGGCGGCCCGGUAGUCCAGUCGUUAGCACGUCGGCUUCACAGUGCAGAGGUACCGGGUUCGAUUCCAGCUCCGGCCUCCCUGUGUGGAGUUUGCAUGCUCUCCCCGGGCCUGCGUGGGUUUUCUCCGGGUGCUCCGGUUUCCUCCCACAUUCCAAAAACAUGCGUGGUAGGCUGAUUGAACACUCUAAAUUGUCCCAAGGUGUGAGUGUGAGUGCGAAUGGUUGUUCGUUUCUGUGUGCCCUGCGAUUGGCUAGCAACCGAUUCAGGGUGGCAGCUGGGAUAGGCUCCAGCACCCCCGCGACACUAGUGAGGAUCAAGCGGCUCGGAAGAUGAAUGAAUAUCUAUGCAGAGUUUGUAAAUUGGAUUGCCUGGUAGUCAUAUUAUAUUUCCCCUCCCACCCAAAAAGUGGAAAUGCACACACACAAAGUAAUUUGUGGGGGUCGAAUCACAUUUCAAAGCCUAAUUUAUCUUUUAAAUAAUUUUCAUGUGCGUACAGAACUGAAAAGGAAAAUACAAAUGUGAACACUG